AAAGCAUAUUCAUCUCUAACAUACAGAUAUGGCAACUUCUUCAAUACUUUGUUCUUUUAUUCUUCUUAUUCUUUUCUCAUCCUUUUCUUUGCAAACUUCUGCUGAUAGCACUCAACGUUUCAUUCAAUGUUUAACCAAAUAUGCCAAGAACUCAGAAUCUAUUAGUCAAGUUGUUUUCACCCCAGCCAAUGCCUCAUACAAUCCUAUUUUGCAGCUCAACUUGCAAAACCUUCGAUUCAAUACUUCCGGAACCCGUAAACCUCUAGCCAUUGUUACACCAAUUGAGGAAACUCAAAUCCAAACGGUGAUUUACUGCGCUAGAAAAAAUAGCAUGAACGUUCGGACUCGUGGUGGAGGCCACGAUUUCGAAGGUGUUUCGUAUACAGCUGAAGUGCCGUUUGUGUUACUUGAUAUGAUUAAUUUUAACAGAGUUAACAUAGACUUGAAAACGAGCACUGCAUGGGUUCAGUCUGGUAUUAGCCUUGGGGAAUUUUACUAUAGAAUUUCGCAAAAAAGUGAUGUUCUUGCGUUCCCCGCGGGGUUAUUGUCAAGUGUUGGACUUACUGGCCUUCUUGGGGGUGGAGGAUACGGUAUGCUGAAGCGAAAAUAUGCUCUGUCUGCUGAUAAUACAUUGGAUGCACGUAUUGUGGAUUACAAUGGGAAAAUUCUUGACAGGAAAUCCAUGGGAGAAGAUUUGUUUUGGGCCAUUAGAGGUGGUGAUCCUGCUAGUUUCUGUGUUGUUCUCGAGUUGAAAUUACAGUUGGUUCCUGUCCCGAAAUCAGUGACCUAUUUCGCGGUCCAAAGAACUCUGGAACAAAAUGGAUCAGCGCUAUUUCAAAAAUGGCAAGCCACAGCUGCCAAUGUGUUUCCAAGAGAUUUGGAUGUUAGAGUUGUAGUUGAUACUAUUACAAGCAACUCAAGUCCCCGCCAAGAUAAGAAAACCGUCAGAUUCGUCUUCCAAUGCUUGUAUCUUGGUAAAAUCGACACCUUACUUCCAAUCAUGCAAAAAUAUUUCCCGGAGUUAGGCUUGGUGAGAGACGAUUGUACCGAAACCAGUUGGAUCAAAACGGCUCCAAUGUUUUCAGGCUUUCCCGUAGGGACUGAUCCAACAAUUUUACUCAACAAAACAGCCAUUCCAAGAAAUAGUGUCAAGAUAAAGUCGAGUUUCACAACACAACCAAUUUCGUUGGAAGGACUUAAUGGGAUAUGGGACUUGUGGCUCAAGCAACCAGUACAAACCACGCUCAUUCAGUAUACGCCAUUCGGUGGGAUAAUGAACGAGUUUGCAGAGUCUGCACUUCCAUUUCCCCAUCGUCCUGGUGUCUUGUACAUGAUAAACAUGGCCGUGACUCUGGCUCAAAAUGAGGAAGCAACUCUACAGUGGAUUAAUGAUUUAUUUAAAUACUAUGCUCCAUACGUGACCAAGAACCCUAGAACUUCAUACGUGAAUUACAGGGAUGCUGAUCUCGGGAUAGGAAGCAGGACAUUUCAACAGGCAAGCAUAUGGGGGAAGAAGUAUUACAAGAAUAAUUUUGAUAGGUUAGUGAAGAUUAAGUCUGUAGUUGACCCUCUCAAUUUCUUCAACCACAAGCAGAGCAUUCCUCUCCUCAUGUGAUAGAAACAAACUAAUAUCCGUGGUCAUUAAUUUCUUGAGAAAGUGUCAUGCCAGUCGUGGUCAUUAAUUUCUUGAGAAAGUGUCAUGCCAGUUUUUUGGUUGUGUAAAUGUUUGUUCAAAGUGAAAUAAAUCAUAUUUUUUACUA